UGUAGUCUAACGAUCAGCUAUAAAUGAGAACAUUUAAAGUAUGUGAGCGACUCAUAAUAAUUAACUCGACAUUAGUAAUAUUACUGGAUAGCCUCAUUAACGCUCGCGCGUCACCCGACCUCCCCACUGUCGGUGCUGAUUGGACAGGGCUUGGCCACGAACUGUGACUUCACAAAAAAAAACUGAAGGCGACCCUAAAGAUAAAAAACAAUGCAAGCUCAUUGAUGUGACAGAGUCCUCCGUCCCUCUCUCCUGUCAGCAGUCACCUCGCCGUGCGCCUUUCAUCUGAAAGGGACCGCGAGCGCUCCUUCACUUCAAAGUGGACACGGGAACCGUUCCAUUCCGGCGUAAAGAUGCCCAGAGGAUUUUUAGUGAAGAGGAGCAAACGCGGCUCAGCGGCUUCUUACAGAACGCGUAACGACGACAACGUAAUGCCAAAAGCGGACCUGCCUGUGAAUGCACCGGAGUUGACAACCGGUGUGCCAACUGCGUGCCCAAUUGUGCCGUUAUCCGAGGACAGUACGUUUGAAGAACCAUGGACCAGUGCCCCGGCUGAAGCGGACCAGGCGCAGCUGCCAGAGAGCGCAGACAAGGUGGAGAUUAGAGAGGACUUUGGGAAAUACCCACCACACUCUCCCCGCACUGAGCCGGACCACGACGGAUCUCCGGGGCGGGCUGACCUCUCCUAUAGCCCGAUAAAACCAGUUGGCGCUGUAGUGGAAAAAUCGUCCCUUGACCGGUGUAUGAGUUCACCAACAGUGACAGAGCCGUACGCAAUGAGCACGCCGGUGUCUUCAAUAGAGAGACUUCUUCUAAAUCACGCGCCCUUUGGACACUCUGAUAUGAAAUUCGACCCACCUGUGCACCUCUACCAGUCUUUCCAUCAUGCUAUGAAACGCACGUACAUGGAGCAGGAGCGCAAGAUCAAGCCAGCAGCCAAGAAGCCUAAAGUAAUCCGCAAACUCAGCUUCGAGGACGAAAUCUCCACCUCACCGGUGCUUGGGCUGAGAAUUAAGAAGGAGACCCCCGAAUUUAAAGCAGCUACCGCAUCUUCUGCUAAUAAGAAACCGCUGGGAGAAUUCAUCUGCCAGCUUUGCAAGGAGGAAUACCCUGACCCGUUCUCCCUCGCACAACACAAGUGCUCCAGAAUUGUGCGCGUAGAGUACCGCUGUCCCGAGUGCGACAAAGUUUUCAGCUGUCCUGCCAACCUGGCCUCUCAUCGCAGGUGGCAUAAGCCUCGUCCUGUAAACCACAGAGAGGCACAGAGCGCCAAAAUGUCACAGCCGGAGGCAAGGCUGCACGAGAGGACUUUCGUGGAAGGGAAAGAGAACGCGAGCGAGUUGAGAGUUAACAAUCAGCACCACCUUUCUCUGGACAGCUCCGCGUGUCAGCGGGCUGUCACCGUGGACAGCUCCCACAGACAAGAGCAGGUGCGCAGGAGGGCACAGGAGAGCCCGCAGCCCUUCGAUCCGCGCUACCGGGACCCAGAUAAAACUAUGGACCUGCACAUCAGAGCGGGUGACAGCCCAGGCAUAAUGCAUUGUCCGGAGACCACCGACGUGGCACUGCCCACCUCUUCCUUCUUAAAGACCUCCGGGACAGUAGAGGAGAUUUACGAAUGUCACUAUUGCAGCAAGAAGUUCCGACGACAAGCCUAUCUGAGGAAACAUCUUGCGGCGCAUGAGACAAUCAAAGCCUCGACCUAUAUCCAGAUAGAGAGUGGGCAAAUCACAUUUCCCUGUCACUUGUGCGGUGCCCAUUUCCCAUCCACUGAAAUUUGGGACAAGCACAGAGUUUGGCAUACAAUGAGAGAUGACAUUCUGAUGAAUCCAGGGAAGAUUGCGGGUAGACCAGACUUGGUAAGACCAGAAUUAAUAAGACCAGACCUCACACAGGGAGACCAACAGAUAUUCACCUGUAAGCACUGCCCAUCUACCUUCUUCAGUUCUCCAGGGCUUGCCAGGCAUAUCAACAAGUCUCACCCCACAGAGAUCCGGCAGGUGAUGCUCCUACCGAUGGCAGUCAGACCCGACUGCUAGUAGCCUAGUCUAGGCUGAUGCAGGCAAGUCUAGGCCAGGGUUUCCCAAACUCAGUCCUGGGGUCACGUUUAGUUUUUUUGUCCUAGCACUACA